ACCAUGAUCAUCACCAUUACCAUCACUGUUAACAUGAAUCUCUCGGUGUAUGGACGGCGCAUAGAUAGCGUUGUUCUAGCUUGAAUGCUUUUGCUCUGAUCUCCUCCCUGUUUCUGUCUUCCUCCUCGAUGGUUGUCCCACGCAGGCGUUGACAUUUCCCAAUUUGGUAUAUAUGCUCCAUGUGCGUGUAAAAAUAGACAGCGUUGACAUUGAUAUUGAUGGGAAUCUGUCGUCGUCGCCAUGCAAGGAGACAAUUGGUGCAGUGACGUCCCCAUCAGCUACCAAGUCUCGACCUCGCUGCAACACCUUUAUGCUGUAACUCUUGCAACCUUGGCCCCUCAGCGCUUACGGCUGUGAGAUUAUUGGAAGAAUAUCAGCGUGGCGUUCUUCCAUAUGCACCAGAUCGUUGCGACGUCGCGCAGCAUUCGUCCCACAACGCAGGUCACGUUGCAACAUCUGCAACUGGAUGGCCGGUACAUAUCAACGCUUCCGCAGCGCAUCCGGUUGCGUUUCUCCUUUUUUGCUCUCGCUCGAAUCGCAGAAUAUCGUAUAAUGUUCCACCAUUCAGAAACGAUCAGAUCAAGAGAGAGACCCUUACAAAAAGGGUUAACAUUCUAUCCCUGGGAGGGCAGGGAUGCAGCCAAGUUCGCAUCAGAGGUCAGUUUCCGAUCGCUAUUGAAGUGGUCGUCUGGGUCAAAGCCUUUUCUGGUCGAUCUUCUGCCCCAUCAGCGAGGAACGAGCCAGCCGAAAUUGAGCACGCCUGCAACCACGGGACUGUGAAGGCCACAGCGAGCGAUCGAGUAGUAUGACUGAGCCACAGGAAUCAUGGAUGACACUUACCACGUCUACCCCAGAUCGAAGGCAUGUCCGCCGCUGGACAUGGUCGGUGGUGAUAAGCACUGCAAUACAAGCUUACAAUGAUAACUCUCAUUUCUGAU